GGACAGUCUGCUUAAAACCUUUCCACGCAGCUAACCAUUUUGAUCAGAGUUACUUUUGAAAAUGUCGCUGAUUGUUGAGAAUGAAAUCGAAUGGCUAAAAACCAGCAUCCUGACGGAGAUCUUGCGCAACGGAAGAUUGCUGGACAACUACUCUGAAUCAAUGGCAAACACAUUUCAAGUGGAUAACAUUCAAAUCAAAUUAAUCGGUCCAGAGGAGGCCUACAUGUUGACCAUAUGCUAUAGAGCAACCAUCGACUUUAAAUAUGCAGGCGAACAACAACAGAGGAAGCUAAUUAUUAAGAGAACGCCAAAGAUAUCCCGCGACUUAUAUGACUCGUUGCAAUUUUAUUAUCUGUUCAACAAUGAAGUCAACUUCUACACCGAGAUACUGCCAGUUAUCCAAAUGCAAACCAAAGGCCAAUUUACUGCUCCAAAAUAUUAUCACAGCGAGAUCAAUGCGAAUUCAGCGUUUAUAAUUCUAGGCGAUUUUGCGAUGGAUGGUUGGAGUGUGACCAAGGACAGAGUUGGACUCAGUUUGGAGCAUGCUCGCAUUGCAGUCAAGUAUCUGGGCAAAUUUCAUGGCUUUGGUUACGUCACGAAGCACACUGAAGCGGAGCGAUUUAAGCAGAUAACGAGCAAGUUAAUGGAAGCUCGAUUUGGCGGCACAGUGUGCACGGAAUGGGGCUUGAUGCAAAAGGCCAGUGUCAAGCGAGCGGAGAGAGCAACAAGCAAAUACCAGCCACAAGUGGAUAAGGAUUUCAUCAGAAAGUUUCAGCAACUUACUUUCGAUUUCAGACACUACGGACGCCAGCGAGUGGCGCCAAGAGAACCCCUCGCGACCCUCUGCCACGGCGAUUAUCUGAGGAAUAACGUGGCGUAUAUGUAUGAUACGGACAGUAGUGGGAAUCCGCUGGAUAUCAUGAUGUUUGACUAUCAGACGAUGCGAUUAUCUUCGCCCAUGAUCGAUCUAUCCGUAUUCCUGGCGAUUUCCCUCUUUGCAGAUGUGCGCUACAAAUACUUCGAUAGCCUUUUUGAUGAUUACUGCAAUGCGCUCUUUGAGAGCUAUAAACAAUAUUCCAGCCAAUCACUUCCAGCGUUCUUGAAUCGCGAAGAUUUACUGAAGGAGUACAUACGUUUUUUGCCAUAUUCUGUGUCAAUUACGGGUUACUUUCUGUAUUCCCUCGUUGAUCCUCCAACAAUUACACCCGGGGAUAUGUUUAACGUGAAGCAAACCGAUGAGGAGAUUGUUAAGCACGCCAUGGAGCAUGGUGGCGAAAUUGUGGAUCGUGAGAUUGCACAUCAAAUAAAGGAAAUGUUCGAGCUAAGCCUUUUGCACGAUGUUCAAAUCGAUGAAGAUAUUGAUAGCAGUGAUUGGAUGGAUAGCGCAUUCAAAUUGUUAACAGACAAAAAAACACUUUUUGAUUUGAAUUAAAUUAUAAUGAAUCCAAAAAUAUAAUUGCUAUAAAAUACGCGCAAGCUUAAAA